AUGAUUGGCUCAAUCUUGCCAUCUCCUUCAAUAUGCUACAGUUGUGCGUCCAUCAAAAGCGACUUAAAGUUCUCUUUGGAGGAAAAUACAUCAGAAACUAAGAAGAGAGUCCCCACAACAGUACAAAAGAAACCAGCGAACACAACACUUAUUAAACAGCGUAUAAAAAUAAGAGUAGUGAACAAAAUGGUACCAAAAAAACCAAUGCCGAAGACCAAUAAGGACAUAAUAGAGAAACCGAUAAAGAAAAUACGGAAGAUGAAGAAGAAGAAUUAUAAAAGUUUUUCCAUCUACUUGUAUAAGCUACUUCGGAGUGUUACCAAGGAUACUUUCGGUAUUUCUACACGGUCUAUGUUAAUUAUGAACAAUUUUGUUAAUGAUAUGAUGGAAAAAAUAGCAGUGGAAGCUGGAAGGUUGGUGGCUCACGGAAAGAAGACGACCAUGGGGAGUAGAGAGAUACAGACCGCGACAAAACUCUUAAUCCCGGGCGAAUUGGCAAAACAUGCAAAUAUAGAAGCUAUGAAAGCCAUAAUGAUGUUUCAGAGAAGCCAAGACCAAGACGAUUCUUCAAAA